UGUAUCUCUCUCCAUCGCUGCCUGUGUCUCGCUCUCCUCCUCCUCUUCUGCCUCCUCCUCCUCCUCCGGCAGCUGCUGCAGCAUCGCCCCCCAGCCGGCACCCAGGACCAGCCAGAGACAUGCACUGCGCACUCCUGGUCACGCUCCUCUACAGGAUGGGGAUGCUGUUCCUCUAUCAAGGACUGCUGGUUCGGGGUGCUGAUUUUAACCAGCCAGCUGACAAUUACACAGUUUGUCAAGGGGACAAUGCAACACUAAGCUGCUACAUAGACCAGCAGGUGACGCGUGUGGCGUGGUUGAACCGCUCCAACAUCCUGUACGCCGGCAAUGACAAGUGGUCCAUCGACUCACGGGUGCAGCUGCUGACCAACAGCCCCUCAGAGUUCAGCAUCAUGAUCACCCAUGUGGACGUGUAUGACGAAGGGCUCUACACUUGCUCCUUCCAGACACAAGACAAGCCUCACACCUCGCAGGUGUACCUCAUUGUGCACGUCCCUGCUCGGAUCGUGAACAUUUCAUCAGCAGUGACCGUGAAUGAGGGAAGCAACGUGAAUCUGCUCUGCCUAGCAGUGGGGAAGCCAGAGCCGACGGUAACUUGGCGGCAGUUGAAAGAUGGGUUCACCAGUGAAGGGGAGUACCUGGAAAUCACGGAAAUCAACAGGCAGCAGGCUGGGGAGUACGAGUGCAUCACAGUCAACGGAGUCUCCACACCUGAUAGCAAGCGGGUCCUCAUCACUGUCAACUACCCUCCAACCAUCACAGAUAUAAAGGACUCACGCAUCCCGAUGGGAAAGAAUGCACUUCUGCGCUGUGAGGCCAUGGCUGUGCCACCUGCGGAAUUCCAGUGGUUCAAAGACGACAAACACAGAGUAAUUGGCGGUGUGGAUGGACUGCAGAUCCAGAAUGAGCGCACUCGUUCCAUGCUGCUCUUCAGCAACGUCACUGCUCGUCAUUAUGGGAACUACACCUGCUUGGCUUCCAACAACUUAGGCUCCUUCAAUGUCAGCUUACGGCUUAUCAGACCAGGUUCUCUGGACAACAUGGCAGUCUCCAGAAUGGAAUCUCCCCUCUUCCUGGGCCUGCUGUCAUCCGCCUUUGUGACUCUGCUGUUUAAGGUUUAGGGCGGCUGGGGAAAGGAAGCAGAAACACGGAAGGAAACAGGUGAAAGGGAAUGAAUCCAAGAGAGGGAGAGAAAGAGAGAGAAGGGGAGGCAUCUCUACUUUCUGGAAAAGAUGAAGAGAGAGAGAGAGAAAUGAAAUUUAUCAAGAACCCCAUCACUGUGAGGGAUAGAAGAAAACAAAACGAAACGGAAAAAAAUAUGCAUUUGUUUCUACAGCCAUUUAUCUUCACACUCCAUCUCAGACACUCCCAGUUGAACUUGUUAUUUAACACAAACGAAAAGACACAGGGCUCUAUAGGGUUGACUGCAGACAUUGCUCACCCCACCCCUCACCUCUGCGACUUAAAUGGAACAGCAACAUUUUCCUCCUUGGGCUGAUGGGACCUUUCGUCCUUCGAAUGCACAGACCCCGGAAUACAGAUUUCACAAAGGGUUUUGUUCUUUCUGUUAUUUUAACCUCCCUUUUUCCCCUUUGGUUCCUUCUUUCGCUGUUGUUUGGGAGAAAGGAUUUCAGCAGCUGACAACAUUUAGGAGCUUGCCUUUUAAUUAUUAUUAUUUACAAGCUGGGCUG